GGAAUAUUUUAAACUAAUUUGUUUGUUAACAGAAAAAAUACAUUCAAGCGUGUUGUUUGAUUUUUAGGUAUGUUUUGAAUGCAUAAAAUUAUUCUUAAAGUAUUUAUUCCAAGCAAUAACACUGUUUUGUACCUAAUUACGAUAUUAACCUUAAUAUCCGGCCCUUAAACGCCUGAUAAAUCCCUACUUCGUGCGUCAGUGUGUAAGGAACGUAACAUUGCUAUUUAAAACCACAAGGCGUUUACGUCAUUUGAGGAAAGUGACUAAAAUCUGUUGUGUGUGAACAGUGACAGCCCAUUUAUUUUAUUUACCGAAUAAGUCCAAUAAACCUGUUUUUUUCCGAAAUAAAGAGUUCUCAAAAUAUAUUUCUUGUAGGUACUAGCUGUUGACAGUUGUGUUUCGCCAAAAUACAGUUUCUUCCAAGAUUGAUUUCAAAGCUUCAUCCAUAUAUUAUCAAAUUAACGUAAGACUGACACAAGUAAUAAAGAAAAAAAAAUUAGAAAAUCUGUCAAACUACUUAAGUCAACGAAACAUCAAGGAAAACCUAUUAUCUAUGAUCAUUUGAUUCCAUAGUAAUUAUCAUUAUGACACCGGCGCAAUGACUAUGUGUUUAUAUCACAACUAACAACCGGAAAUAAAACGGUAAAAAGCCACAAGGUUACUCACGACCUGGCCAGUCUAAUCCAUGCUCACGCGCAACAAACUCGUGCAUUAUGGCAAAGUUUCUCAUCAUUUUUGCUGUAUUACAUUUGGGCAGAGGACAGUUAAUGGAUUUCUUGGAUCCCAUAGCAAAAGUUUCAAGGGAUAUAGCUGGUGGUAUCGCAAGAAAUCCAUUUUUGAGUGAAGCCACUCAUGUUUCUACAAAUGCUCUUGCCGCAGCAGUUACUUCCGUGUCCUGGUUGCCCUUUGCUGCAGCCAAUGCCUUUGGAGCUGCCACCAUACCUUCGUUAUCCAGCAUUACAAAUAACCCAGAUAUCGUUGACAGACUUGUGCUAGAUCUAAGUCAUUUAUCACAAAAUGAAGAUGCAAAAUUAAGUAUUGAUAUGAUACUCUCCAAAUAUGGGCUCCCAGUUGAAAUUCAUGAAGUGGAAACUGAGGAUGGGUUUAUUUUGACGCUAUACAGGAUACCGGGGAAUGGCACAGCUGUUUUUCUCAUGCAUGGACUAUUAGGCAGUGCAGAUGAUUUUGUGGUAGCAGGUCGAGACAGUGCCUUAGCCUAUCUUCUUGCCGAAGAAGGCUACGACGUAUGGCUUGGAAACGCUCGUGGCAGUAAACAUUCACGUCGACAUAUUAACUUAGAACCGUACCAAGCUGAGUUUUGGGAUUUCUCAUGGCAUGAAAUUGGAGUUUACGAUCUUCCGGCAAUGAUUGACUAUGUGUUAAAUGAAACUGGUUAUGAGGGUCUGAAGUACAUCGGCCAUUCACAAGGAACUACGUCUUUCUUCGUGAUGGCAUCCGAAAGACCAGAAUACAACGAGAAAAUCGGAUUAAUGGUUGCGUUAUCGCCUGUAGCUUUCAUGUCCAAUGCAAGAUCACCUAUUGUCCGUCUUAUAGCUCCGGGUACUUCUUUGAUUCAUGGGUUUGCUAAAAGUUUGGGAGUGUAUGAGUUUCUACCUGACAACAACAUGAUAAGGACUUUAAAACUAUUGAUUUGCGGUACAGGAGUCUUAGCUGAACUUCUUUGCAGCAACACUUUAUUCUUGACAGCGGGUUUUGAUUUACAACAGUUGAAUAUCACAAAUUUAUCGACGAUUUUCGGGCAUGUCCCAUCUGGAGCUUCGAUAAAGCAAAUAGCACACUACGGCCAGAGUUUUAUUUCUAACGAAUUUAGACAAUUUGAUUAUGGUAGAUCAGGGAAUUUGAAAAGAUACGGUCAAAUGGAACCUCCUAAAUAUGAGUUGAAGAGGAUUGUCGCUCCUGUGUCUUUAUUUUUCAGUGAAUCGGAUUGGCUGGCUCAUCCGGCGGAUGUGGAUAGACUUUCUAAGGCUUUAGGUAAUGUAGUAGAUAUUUACAAGGUGCCGUUUAAACAGUUUAAUCAUCUAGACUUCUUUUUAGCUAAAGAUGUGAAGGAAUUGGUUUAUAAUAGAUUGUUGAAGGUCUUAUCAUCAUUUUGAUAAUAAAUUUCAAAGAAUUGUUGAUUUUUAUUUGAUUAUUUUUUGGUUUCCUUUGCGUUCCAACCUCACUGCAUAUUUCAUUAUUUUCAAGCAAAUUUUCA